CUGAACUCAUCCUCUGUACACAAACAGGUGAUUUAGAGAAACCUAAACCUGUGGUGAUUAUAAAGCCUGAUCAACACGUGUUCAGAGGAGAGACUGUGACAUUCAUAUGUGAGAUAAAGAGCGCAAAAGACACCGAGUGGACAUACAGCUGGUAUAAGAAAGAUUACAGAAAGAACCCAUACAAAGAUACACAAGAGUUCAGCAUCAGCUCAGUUACAAACACUGACAGAGGCACAUACAUCUGCAGAGGGACGAGCAGUAACUCUCAGUUCUCAGAGGACAGUGAUCCUGUUACACUCACUGUAUCAGAGAAACCUAAACCUGUGGUGAUUAUAAAGCCUGAUCAACACGUGUUCAGUGGAGAGACUGUGACAUUCAAAUGUGAGAUAAAGAGCGCAAAAGACACCGAGUGGACAUACAGCUGGUAUAAGAAAGAUGACACAGAGAACCUGUACAAAGAAGCACAAGAGUUCAACAUCAGCUCAGUUACAAACACUGACAGAGGCAAAUACACCUGCAGAGGGAAGAGCAGUGACUCUCAGUCCUCAGAGGACAGUGAUCCUGUUAAACUCACUGUAUCAGAAAAACCUAAAGUUCAACUCACAUCAAGCCUUAAAGGAGAUGUACUGAGAGGAAACUCAGUGACUCUGUACUGUACACUGACACCACAGUCUGCUGGAUGGAAGUUUUACUGGAUCAAACGCACACAGAGCUCUGAGACUGAGACUGAGACUACAUCAGGCUCCAACACCAUCAUCUUAGAUAAUGUCUAUUACAGAAUGCAGUUCAGGUGCAGAGCUGGAAGAGAAAACCGAGACUACUACACAGAUGACAGUAAUGAACUCUCACUAACUGUUACUGAGAGUCCUAAACCUACAGUGACUAUAAACCCUGAUACUCAGGUGUUCAUAAGAGAGACUGUGACUUUCAGGUGUGAUAUAGAGGAAGGAGGAGACACUGAGUGGACAUACAACUGGUUUUGGGACAGUAACACAUUCUACACAUCUUUAACAAAGGAGUUCAGUAUCAGGUCUGUUACAGUCUCACAUCGUGGUCAAUACGCCUGCAGAGGGAGGAGGACAAGUGACUCUCAGAUGUCAAAGAAGAGUGAUCCUGUUACACUCUCUGUAUCAGAAAAACCUAAACCUCAACUCACAUCAAACAUUGAAGGAGAUGUACUGAGAGGAAACACAGUGUAUCUGUCCUGUACACUGACACCACAGUCUGCUGGAUGGAAGUUUUACUGGUCCAAAUACACACAGAGCCAUUGGACUGAGACUAAGACUGGGACUCCUACAUCAGACUCCUACACCUUCAGCUCAGAUAAAGUCUAUGACAGAAGUCAGUACAGAUGCAGAGCUGGAAGAGAAAACCGAGUCUUCUACACAGACUACAGUAAUGUACUCUCACUAAAUGUUAUUGAGAGUCCUAAACCUACAGUGACUAUAAAACCUGAUACUCAGGUGUUCAUAGGAGAGACUGUGACUUUCAGGUGUGAUGUAGAGGAAGGAGGAGACACUGAGUGGACGUACGACUUGUUUAGGGACAGUAACACAUUGUACCAAUAUUCCACAAAAAAGGAGUUCAGCAUCAGGUCUGUUACAGUCUCACAUCGUGGUCAAUACACCUGCAGAGGGAGGAGGACAAGUGACUCUCAGAUGUCAGAGAAGAGUGAUUCUGUUACACUCUCUGUAUCAGGAAAACCCAAACCGACUUUGACUGUGACUCCUCAGAGCUCCGUCUACACUGGAGACACUGUUACUCUGAGAUGUAAUCUGGUGUCCACUGGAUGGACGUUUCUCUGGUACGAAGAUCAGAUAGGGAAUUCCCGGCACAUUGGAGAAACAAACACUAAAACACACACUGUGACAGUGUCUAAUGAAGGACAAGUAAGUUACGACUGUUAUGCACGCAGAAGAAACUACUACUCAGAGAGGAGUGAACCAGCCACAAUUACAGUAAGAGCAAGACCAAAGCCUGAAGUGAAAGUACAGCCAGAUGACCAUGGCUUUGUGUUUACUGGAGAAACUGUCACUUUCUCAUGUGAGAUAAAGACUAGAGGAUCCUGGAAGUAUCAGUGGUUCAGGGAUAAUAAUGAACUCAGUGAUGCUAAAGGAAAGAAAAUCUACAAAAUCAAUUAUGUUAAAGUGUCUCAUAAAGGUGUUUACACAUGUAAAGGAACACAGUCAUCAAAUCCACGAUACACAGAGACUAGUGAUGCUGUUACACUGACUGUAUCAGAAAAACCUAAACCUCAACUCACAUCAAGCCCUAAAGGAGAUGUACUGAGAGGAAACUCAGUGACUCUGUACUGUACACUGACACCACAGUCUGCUGGAUGGAAGUUUCACUGGUACAAAUACACACAGAGCUCUGAGACUGAGACUACAACAGGCUCCAACACCAUCAGCUUAGAUAAUGUCUAUGACAGAAUUAAGUACAAGUGCAGAGCUGGAAGAGAAAACCCAGUCUACUACACAGACUACAGUAAUGAACUCUCACUAAAUGUUAUUGAGAGUCCUAAACCUACAGUGACUAUAAACCCUGAUACUCAGGUGUUCAUAGGAGAGACUGUGACUUUCAGGUGUGAUGUACAGAAAGGAAGAGACACUGAGUGGACGUACGACUGGUUUAGGGACAGUAACACAUUCUACCCAUAUUCCACAAAAAAGGAGUUCAGCAUCAGUUCUGUUACAGUCUCACAUCGUGGUCAAUACACCUGCAGAGGGACGAGGACAAGUGACUCUCAGAUGUCAAAGAAGAGUGAUUCUGUUACACUCUCUGUAUCAGGAAAACCCAAACCGACUGUGAUUGUGACUCCUCAGAGCUCCGUCUACACUGGAGACAAUGUUACUCUGAGCUGUAAUCUGGUGUCCACUGGGUGGACUUUUCUCUGGCACGAAGGUCAGAAACAGAAUCCCCUGUCCAGUAGAGGCUCAGACACCAAAACACACACUGUGACCGUCUCUAAUGAAGGACAAGUAAAUUACUACUGUAAAGCACACAGAGGAAACUACAACACAGCGAUGAGUGAAACAGCCACAAUUACAGUGAGAGCAAGACCAAAGCCUGAAGUGAAAGUACAGCCAGAUGACCAUGGCACUGUGUUUACUGGAGAAACUGUCACUUUCUCAUGUGAGAUAAUGACUGUAGGAUCCUGGGUGUAUCAGUGGUUCAGGGAUAAUAAUGAACUCAGAGAUGCUAAAGGAAAGAAAAUCUACAGAAUCAUUGAUGUUAAAGAGUCUCAUAAAGGUGUUUACACAUGUAAAGGAACACAGUCAUCAGACCCACAAUACACAGAGACUAGUGAUGCUGUUACACUGACUGUAUCAGAAAAACCUAAACCUCAACUCACAUCAAGCUUUAAAGGAGCUGUACUGAGAGGAAACUCAGUGACUCUGUACUGUACACUGACACCACAGUCUGCUGGAUGGAAGUUUUACUGGUCCAACUAUACACAGAGCCAUUGGACUGAGACUGAGACUACAUCAGACACCUACAACAUCAGCUCAGAUAAUGUCUAUGACAAAAUGCAGUACAGGUGCAGAGGUGGAAGAGGAAACCCAGUCUACUACACAGACUACAGUAAUGAACUCUCACUAACAGUUAUUGAGAGUCCUAAACCUACAGUGACUAUAAACCCUGAUACUCAGGUGUUCAUAGAUGAGACGGUGACUUUCAGGUGUGAUGUGGGCGAAGGAAGAGACACUGAGUGGACUUACGAGUGGUUUAGGGACAGUAAUACGUACCCAUAUUCCACAAUAAAGGAGUUCAGCACCAGCUAUGUUACAGUCUCACAUCGUGGUCAAUACACCUGCAGAGGGAGGAGGAUAAGUGACUCUCAGAUGUCAGAGAUGAGUGAUUCUGUUACACUCUCUGUAUCAGGAAAACCCAAACCUACUGUAAUUGUGACUCCUCAGAGCUCCGUCUACACUGGAGACACUGUUACUCUGAGCUGUAAUCUGAUGUCCACUGGAUGGACUUUUCUCUGGUACAAAGAUCAGAAACGGAAUCCCCUGUCCACUAAAGACUCAGACACCAAAACACACACUGUGAGAGUCUCUAACAAAGAACAAGUAAAUUACUACUGUAAAGCACGCAGAGGAAACUACUACUACUACUCAGAGAUGAGUGAACCAGCCACAAUUACAGUGAGAGCAAGACCAAAGUCUGAAGUGAAAGUACAGCCAGCUGACCAUGGCUUUGUGUUUACUGGAGAAACUGUCACUUUCUCAUGUGAGAUAAAGACUGGAGGAUCCUGGGAGUAUCACUGGUUCAGGGAUAAUAAUGAACUCAGAGAUGUUAAAGGAAAGAAAAUCUACAAAAUCACUGAUGUUAAAGAGUCUCAUAAAGGUGUUUACACAUGUAAAGGAACACAGUCAUCAGAUCCACAAUACACAGAGACUAGUGAUGCUGUUACACUGACUGUAUCAGAAAAACCUAAACCUCAACUCACAUCAAGCCCUAAAGGAGAUGUUUUGAGAGGAAACUCAGUGACUCUGUCCUGUACACUGACACCACAGUCUGCUGGUUGGAAGUUUUACUGGUCUAAAUACACACAAAGCCAUUGGACUGAGACUGAGACUACAUCAGGCUCCUACACCAUCAGCUCAGAUAAUGUCUAUGACAGAAUUCAGUACAAGUGCAGAGCUGGAAGAGAAAACCGAGUCUUCUACACAGACUACAGUAAUGAACUCUGGGUAAAUGUUAUUGAGAGUCCUAAACCUACAGUGACUAUAAACCCUGAUACUCAGGUGUUCAUAGGAGAGACUGUGACUUUCAAGUGUGAUGUACAGAAAGGAAGAGACACUGAGUGGACGUACGACUGGUUUAGGGACAGUAACACAUUCUACCCAUAUUCCACAAAAAAGGAGUUCAGUAUCAGUGAUGUUACAGUCUCACAUGGUGGUCAAUACACCUGCAGAGGGAGGAGGACAAGUGACUCUCAGAUGUCAGAGAUGAGUGAUCCUGUUACACUCUCUGUAUCAGGAAACCCCAAACCGACUGUGAUUGUGACUCCUCAGAGCUCCGUCUACACUGGAGACACUGUUACUCUGAGCUGUAAUCUGAUGUCCACUGUGUGGACGUUUUUUUGGUACAAAGGUCAGACAUCAAAUUUCCUGCACCUUGGAGCAACAAACACAAACACACAUACUGUGAGAGUCUCUAAUAAAAGACAAGUAAAUUACUACUGUAAUGCACACAGAGGAAACUUCAACACAGAGAUGAGUGAACCAGCCACAAUUACAGUGAGAGCAAGACCAAAGCCUGAAGUGAAAGUACAGCCAGCUGACCAUGGCAUUGUGUUUACUGGAGAAACUGUCACUUUCUCAUGUGAGAUAAUGACUGGAGGAUCCUGGGUGUAUCAGUGGUUCAGGGAUAAUAAUGAACUCAGUGAUGCUAAAGGAAAGAAAAUCUACAUAAUCAGUGAUGUUAAAGAGUCUCAUAAAGGUGUUUACACAUGUAAAGGAACACAGACAUCAGACCCACAAUACACAGAGACUAGUGAUGCUGUUACACUGGCUGUAUCAAAAAAACCUAAACCUCAACUCACAUCAAGCCUUAAAGGAGAUGUACUGAGAGGAAACUCAGUGACUCUGUCCUGUACACUGACACCACAGUCUGCUGGAUGGAAAUUUUACUGGUACAAAUACACAGGAAGAGAUUGGACUGAGACUAAAUACACUGAAACAGACUCCUACACCAUCAGAUCAGCUAUUCUCUCUGAUGGAGGUCAGUACAUUUGCACAGCUAGAAGAGGAAACCCAGUCUACUACACAGACUACAGUGAUGAACUCCCACUAACUGUUAUUGAGAGUCCUAAACCUACAGUGACUAUAAACCCUGAUACUCAGGCGUCCAUAGGAGAGACUUUGACAAGUGACUCUCAGAUGUCAGAGAUGAGUGAUCCUGUUACACUCUCUGUAUCAGAAAAACCUAAACCUGAACUCACAUCAAGCCUUAAAGGAGAUGUACUGACAGGAAACUCAGUGACUCUGUCCUGUACACUGACACCACAGUCUGCUGGAUUGAAAUUUUACUGGUCCAAACCCACACAGAGCUCUGAGACUGAGACUGAGACUGAGACAGAAACACACCAGUACAUCAUCAGUUCAGUCUCUGAUGGAGGUCAGUACAGGUGCAGAGCUGGAAGAGGAAACCCAGUCUACUACACAGACUACAGUGAUGUACUCUGGGUAAAUGUUACUGAGAGUCCUAAACCUACAGUGACUAUAAACCCUGAUACUCAGGUGUUCAUAGGAGAGACUGUGACUUUCAGGUGUGAUGUAGAGGAAGGAAGAGACACUGAGUGGACUUACGAGUGGUUUAGGGACAGUAACACAUUCUACCCAUAUUCCACAUCAAAGGAGUUCAGCAUCAGGGAUGUUACGAAUGGUCAAUACACCUGCAGAGGGACGAGGACAAGUGACUCUCAGAUUUCAGAGAUGAGUGAUUCUGUUACACUCUCUGUAUCAGAAAAACCCAAGCCGACUGUGAUUGUGACUCCUCAGAGCUCCGUCUACACUGGAGACAAUGUUACUCUGAGCUGUAAUCUGAUGUCCACUGGAUGGACGUUUUUCUGGUACAAAGAUCAGAAAUCAAAUCCCUGUGAAGGCUUAGACACCAACACAACCACUGUGACAGUCUCUAAUGAAGGACCAGUGAGUUACUACUGUAAAGCACGCAGAGGAAGCUACGACUCAGCGAUGAGUAAACCAGCCACAAUUACAGUGAGCGCAAGACCAAAGCCUGAAGUGAAAGUACAGCCAGCUGACCACGGCAUUGUGUUUACUGGAGAAACUGUCACUUUCUUAUGUGACUUAAAGACUGGAGGAUCCUGGGUGUAUCACUGGUUCAGGGAUAAUAAUGAACUCAGAAAUGUUAAAGGAAUGAAAAUCUACAAAAUCACUGAUGUUAAAGAGUCUCAUAAAGGUGUUUACACAUGUAAAGGAACACAGACAUCAGACCCACAAUACACAGAGACUAGUGAUGCUGUUACACUGACUGUAUCAGAAAAACCUAAACCUCAACUCACAUCAAGCCUUAAAGGAGCUGUACUGAGAGGAAACUCAGUGACUCUGUCCUGUACACUGACAUCACAGUCUGCUGGAUGGAAGUUUUACUGGUACAAAUACACAGGAAGAGAUUGGACUGAGACUGAAACACACCAGAACAUCAUCAGUCCUGUUAGAGUCUCUGAUGGAGGUCAGUACUGGUGCAGAGCUGGAAGAGGAAACCCAGUCUACUACACAGACUACAGUGAUGUACUCUGGGUAAAUGUUAUUGAGAGUCCUAAACCUACAGUGACUAUAAACCCUGAUACUCAGGUGUUCAUAGGAGAGACUGUGACUUUCAAGUGUGAUGUAGAGGAAGGAAGAGACAAUCAGUGGACGUACAACUUGUUUAGGGACAGUAACCCAUUGUACCCAUAUCGCAGAACAAAGGAGUUCAGCAUCAGGUUUGUUACAGUCUCACAUCGUGGUCAAUACACCUGCAGAGGGAGGAGGACAAGUGACUCUCAGAUGUCAAAGAUGAGUGAUCCUGUUACACUCUCUGUAUCAGAAAAACCUAAACCUGAACUCACAUCAAGCCUUAAAGGAGAUGUACUGAGAGGAAACUCAGUGACUCUGUCCUGUACACUGACACCACAGUCUGCUGGAUGGAAGUUUUACUGGUCCAAACCCACACAGAGCUCUGAGACUGAGACUGAAACACACCAGUACUUCAUCAGAUCAGUUAUUCUCUCUGAUGGAGGUCAGUACAGGUGCAGAGCUAGAAGAGGAAACCCAGUCUUCUACACAGACUACAGUGAUGAACUCUCUCUAACUGUUAUUGAGAGUCCUAAACCUACAGUGACUAUAAACCCUGAUACUCAGGUGUUCAUAGAAGAGAUUGUGACUUUCAGGUGUGAUGUACAGAAAGGAAGAGACACUGAGUGGACGUACGACUGGUUUAAGGACAGUUACAGAUUCUACCCAUAUUCCACAACUAAGGAGUUCAGCACCAGCUAUGUUAUGAAUGGUCAAUACACCUGCAGAGGGACGAGGACAAGUGACUCUCAGAUGUCAGAGAUGAGUGAUUCUGUUACACUCUCUGUAUCAGGAAAACCCAAACCGACUGUGAUUGUAACUCGUCAGCGCUCCAUCUACACUGGAGACACUGUUACUCUGAGCUGUGAUCUGAUGUCCACUGGAUGGACUUUUCUCUGGUACAAAGAUCAGAAAUUGAAUUACAUUAGAGACUCAGACACCAACACACACACUGUGAAAGUCUCUAAUGAAGGACAAGUAAAUUACUACUGUAAAGCACGCAGAGGAAAGUACUAUGACUACUACUACCAACAGUACUAUGACUACAACACAGAGAUGAGUGAACCAGCCACAAUUACAGUGAGAGCAAGACCAAAGCCUGAAGUGAAAGUACAGCCAGCUGACCAUGGCUUUGUGUUUACUGGAGAAACUGUCACUUUCUCAUGUGUGAUAAAGACUGGAGGAUCCUGGGUGUAUCACUGGUUCAGGGAUAAUAAUGAACUCAGAGAUGUUAAUGGAAUGAAAAACUACAUAAUCAGUGAUGUUAAAGAGUCUCAUAAAGGUGUUUACACAUGUAAAGGAACACAGACAUCAAACCCACAAUACACAGAGACCAGUGAUGCUGUUACACUGACUGUAUCAGAAAAACCUAAACCUGAACUCACAUCAAGCCUUAAAGGAGAUGUACUGAGAGGAAACUCAGUGACUCUGUCCUGUACACUGACACCACAGUCUGCUGGAUGGAAGUUUUACUGGACCACACAGGGCCAUUGGAUUGAGACUGAGACUGCAUCAAACUCCUACACCAUCAGCUCAGAUAAAGUCUAUGACAUAAUUAAGUACAAGUGCAGAGCUGGAAGAGGAAACCCAGUCUACCACACAGACUACAGUAAUGAACUCUCACUAACUGUUAUUGAGAGUCCUAAACCUACAGUGACUAUAAACCCUGAUACUCAGGUGUUCAUAGGAGAGACUGUGACUUUCAGGUGUGAUGUAGAGGAAGAAAGAGACACCGAGUGGACGUACGACUGGUUUAGGGACAGUAACACAUUCUACCCAAAUCCCACAACAAAGGAGUUCAGCAUCAGCGAUGUUACAGACUCACAUCGUGGUCAAUACACCUGCAGAGGGAGGAGGACAAGUGACUCUCAGAUGUCAGAGAUGAGUGAUUCUGUUACACUCUCUGUAUCAGGAAAACCCAAACCGACUGUGAUUGUGACUCCUCAGCGCUCCGUCUACACUGGAGACACUGUUACUCUGAGCUGUAAUCUGGUGUCCACUGGAUGGACAUUUUUCUGGUAUGAAAGUCAGAAAUCAGAAGGCUCAUACACCAACACACUCACUGUGAGAGUCUCCAACGAAGGACAAGUACAUUACGACUGUUAUGCAAGCAGAGGAAACUACGACUCAGAAUGGAGUGAACCAGCCACAAUUACAGUGAGAGCAAGACCAAAGCCUGAAGUGAAAGUACAGCCAGCUGACCAUGGCAUUGUGUUUACUGGAGAAACUGUCACUUUCUCAUGUGAGAUAAAGGCCGGAGGAUCCUGGGAGUAUCAGUGGUUCAGGGAUUAUAAUGAACUCAAUUAUGCUAAAGGAAAGAAAACAUACACAAUCAUUUAUGUUAAAGAGUCUCAUAAAGGUGUUUACACAUGUAAAGGAACACAGUCAUCAGACCCACAAUACACAGAGACUAGUGAUGCUGUUACACUGACUGUAUCAGAAAAACCUAAACCUGAACUCACAUCAAACCUUAAAGGAGAUGUACUGACAGGAAACUCAGUGACUCUGUACUGUACACUGACACCACAGUCUGCUGGAUGGAAGUUUUACUGGUCUAAAUACACACAGAGCUCUGAGACUGAGACUGAAACACACCAGUACUUCAUCAGUUCAGUUAGAGUCUCUGAUGGAGGUCAGUACAGGUGCAGAGCUGGAAGAGAAAACCGAGUCUUCUACACAGACUACAGUGAUGAACUCUCACUAACUGUUAUUGAGAGUCCUAAACCUACAGUGAUUAUAAACCCUGAUACUCAGGUGUUCUUAGGAGAGGCUGUGACUUUCAUUUGUGAUGCAGAGGAAGGAAGAGACACUGAGUGGACGUAUGGCUGGUUUAAGGACAGUAUCACAUUGUACCAAUAUUACAAAACAAAGGGGUUCAGCACCAGGUCUGUUAGAGUCUCAGAUCGUGGUCAAUACACCUGCAGAGGGAGGAGAAGUGACUCACAGAUGUCAGAGAUGAGUGAUCCUGUUACACUCUCUGUAUCAGAAAAACCUAAACCUCAACUCACAUCAAGCCCUAAAGGAGAUGUACUGAGAGGAAACUCAGUGACUCUGUACUGUACACUGACACCACAGUCUGCUGGAUGGAAGUUUUACUGGUACAAAUACAAAGGGAGAGUUUGGACUGAGACUAAAUACACUGAAACAGACUCCUACACCAUCAGCUCAGAUAAAGUCUAUGACAGAAUUCAGUACAGGUGCGGAGCUGGAAGACGAAACACAGAUUACUACACAGACUACUACACAGACUACAGUGAUGAACUCUCACUAACUGUUAAUGAGAGUCCUAAACCUACAGUGACUAUAAACCCUGAUACUCAGGUGUUCAUAGGAGAGACUGUGACUUUCAGGUGUGAUGUAGAGGAAGGAAGAGACACUGAGUGGACGUACGGCUGGUUUAGGGACAGUAUCACAUUGUACCAAUAUUCCACAAAAAAGGAGUUCAUCAUCAGUUCUGUUACAGACUCACAUCGUGGUCAAUACACCUGCAGAGGGAGGAGGACAAGUGACUCUCAGAUGUCAAAGAUGAGUGAUCCUGUUACACUCUCUGUAUCAGGAAAAGCCAAAUCGUCUGUGAUUGUGACUCCUCAGAGCUCCGUCUACACUGGAGACACUGUUACUCUGAGCUGUAAUCUGAUGUCCACUGGAUGGAAGUUACUCUGGUACAAAGGACCAACAUGGAAUUCCCAGUACAUUGGAGCUUCAGACACCAAAACACACACUGUGAGAGUCUCUAAUGAAGGACAAGUAAAUUACUACUGUAAAGCACACAGAGGAAACUACAACUCCGAGAUGAGUGAACCAGCCACAAUUACAGUGAGAGCAAGACCAAAGCCUGAAGUGAAAGUACAGCCAGCUGACCAUGGCUUUGUGUUUACCGGAGAAACUGUCACUUUCUCAUGUGAGAUAAAGACUGGAGGAUCCUGGGUGUAUCACUGGUUCAGGGAUAAUAAGGAACUCAGUAAUGCUAAAGGAAAGAACAUCUACAUAAUCACUGAUGUUAAAGAGUCUCAUAAAGGUGUUUACACAUGUAAAGGAACACAGACAUCAGACCCACAAUACACAGAGACUAGUGAUGCUGUUACACUGACUGUAUCAGAAAAACCUAAACCUGAACUCACAUCAGACCUUAAAGGAGCUGCACUGACAGGAAACGCAGUGAUUCUGUCCUGUACACUGACACCACAGUCUGCUGGAUGGAAGUUUUACUGGAUCAAACCCACACAGAGCUCUGAGACUGAGACAGAAACACACCAGUACAUCAUCAGUUCAGUUAGUGUCUCUGAUGGAGGUCAGUACAGGUGCAGAGCUGGAAGAGGAAACCCAGUCUACUACACAGACUACAGUGAUGUACUCUGGGUAAAUGUUACUGAGAGUCCUAAACCUACAGUGACUAUAAACCCUGAUACUCAGGUGUUCAUAGGAGAGACUGUGACUUUCAGGUGUGAUGUAGAGGAAGGAAGAGACACUGAGUGGACGUACGGCUGGUUUAGGGACAGUAACACAUUGUACCAAUAUUCCACAAAAAAGUUCACCAUCAGCUAUGUUACAGUCUCACAUCGUGGUCAAUACACCUGCAGAGGGAGGAGGACAAGUGACUCUCAGAUGUCAGAGAUGAGUGAUUCUGUUACACUCUCUGUAUCAGAAAAACCUAAACCUGAACUCACAUCAAGCCUUAAAGGAGAUGUACUGAGAGGAAACUCAGUGACCAUGUCCUGUACACUGACACCACAGUCUGCUGGAUGGAAGUUUUACUGGUCCAAAUACACAGGGAGAGAUUGGACUGACACUAAAUACACUGAAACAAACUCCUACACCAUCAGCACAGAUUAUGUCUAUUACAGAAUUCAGUACAGGUGCGGAGCUAGAAGAGGAAACCGAGUCUACUACACAGACUACAGUAAUGAACUCUCACUAACUGUUAUUGAGAGUCCUAAACCUACAGUGACUAUAAACCCUGAUACUCAGGUGUUCAUAGGAGAGACUGUGACUUUCAGGUGUGAUGUAGAGGAAGAAAGAGACACCGAGUGGACGUACAACUUGUUUAGGGACAGUAACACAUUGUACCAAUAUUCCACAAUAAAGGAGUUCAGCACCAGCUAUUUUACAGACUCACAUCGUGGUCAAUACACCUGCAGAGGGAAGAGGACAAGUGACUCUCAGAUGUCAAAGAAGAGUGAUCCUGUUACACUCUCUGUAUCAGGAAAACCCAAACCGACUGUGAUUGUGACUCCUCAGAGCUCCGUCUACACUGGAGACACUGUUACUCUGAGCUGUAAUCUGAUGUCCACUGGAUGGAAGUUUCUCUGGUACAAAGAUCAGAAACAGAAUCCCCUGUCCCCUAAAGGCUCACACACCAACACACUCACUGUGAGAGUCUCUAAUGAAGGACAAGUAAAUUACUACUGUAAAGCACACAGAGGAAAGUACAACUACAACACAGAGAUGAGUGAACCAGCCACAAUUACAGUGAGAGCAAGACCAAAGCCUGAAGUGAAAGUACAGCCAGAUGACCAUGGCUUUGUGUUUACUGGAGAAACUGUCACUUUCUCAUGUGAGAUAAAGACUGGAGGAUCCUGGGAGUAUCACUGGUUCAGGGAUAAUAAUGAACUCAUUGAUGCUAAAGGAAAGAAAAUCUACACAAUCAGUGAUGUUAAAGAGUCUCAUAAAGGUGUUUACACAUGUAAAGGAACACAGACAUCAGACCCACAAUACACAGAGACUAGUGAUGCUGUUACACUGACUGUAUCAGAAAAACCUAAACCUCAACUCACAUCAAACCUUAAAGGAGAUGUACUGACAGGAAACUCAGUGACUCUGUCCUGUACACUGACACCACAGUCUGCUGGAUGGAAGUUUUACUGGUCCAAACCCACACAGAGCUCUGAGACUGAGACUGAAACACACCAGUACAUCAUCAGAUCAGUUAUUCUCUCUGAUGGAGGUCAGUACAGGUGCAGAGCUGGAAGAGGAAACCCAGUCUUCUACACAGACUACAGUGAUGAACUCUCUCUAACUGUUAUUGAGAGUCCUAAACCUACAGUGACUAUAAACCCUCAUACUCAGGUGUUCAUAGGAGAGGCUGUGACUUUCAGGUGUGAUGUACAGAAAGGAAGAGACACUGAGUGGACGUACGACUGGUUUAAGGACAGUUACAGAUUCUACCCAUAUUCCACAACUAAGGAGUUCAGCACCAGCUAUGUUAUGAAUGGUCAAUACACCUGCAGAGGGAGGAGGACAAGUGACUCUCAGAUGUCAGAGAUGAGUGAUUCUGUUACACUCUCUGUAUCAGGAAAACCCAAACCGACUGUGAUUGUAACUCGUCAGCGCUCCAUCUACACUGGAGACACUGUUACUCUGAGAUGUAAUCUGGUGUCCACUGGAUGGACUUUUCUCUGGUACAAAGAUCAGAAAUUGAAUUACAUUAGAGACUCAGACACCAACACACACACUGUGAAAGUCUCUAAUGAAGGAAAAGUAAAUUACUACUGUAAAGCACACAGAGGAAACUACUACUACCGACAGUACUAUGUCUACAACACAGAGAUGAGUGAACCAGCCACAAUUACAGUGAGAGCAAGACCAAAGCCUGAAGUGAAAGUACAGCCAGAUGACCAUGGCAUUGUGUUUACUGGAGAAACUGUCACUUUCUCAUGUGUGAUAAAUACUGGAGGAUCCUGGGUGUAUCACUGGUUCAGGGAUAAUAAUGAACUCAGUGAUGCUAAAGGAAAGAAAAUCUACAUAAUCAGUGAUGUUAAAGAGUCUCAUAAAGGUUUUUACACAUGUAAAGGAUCACAGACAUCAGACCCACAAUACACAGAGACUAGUGAUGCUGUUAAACUGACUGUGUCAGAAAAACCUAAACCUCAACUCACAUCAAGCCUUAAAGGAGAUGUACUGAGAGGAAACUCAGUGACUCUGUACUGUACACUGACACCACAGUCUGCUGGAUGGAAGUUUUACUGGUCCAAACCCACACAGAGCUCUGAGACUGAGACUGAAAGACACCAGUACAUCAUCAGAUCAGUUAGAGUCUCUGAUGGAGGUCAGUACAGGUGCAGAGCUGGAAGAGGAAACCCAGUCUACUACACAGACUACAGUAAUGAACUCUCACUAACUGUUAUUGAGAGUCCUAAACCUACAGUGACUAUAAACCCUGAUACUCAGGUGUUCAUAGGAGAGACUGUGACUUUCAGGUGUGAUGUAGAGGAAGGAAGAGACACUGAGUGGACGUACGGCUGGUUUAGGGACAGUAACACAUUCUACCCAAAUCCCACAAAAAAGGAGUUCAGCAUCAGGUCUGUUACAGUCUCACAUCGUGGUCAAUACACCUGCAGAGGGAGGAGGACAAGUGACUCUCAGAUGUCAGAGAUGAGUGAUCCUGUUACACUCUCUGUAUCAGAAAAACCUAAACCUCAACUCACAUCAAACCAUAAAGGAGAUGUACUGACAGGAAACUCAGUGACUCUGUACUGUACACUGACACCACAGUCUGCUGGAUGGAAGUUUUACUGGUACAAAUACACAGGGAGAGUUUGGACUGAGACUAAAUACAAUGAAACAGACUCCUACACCAUCAGCUCAGUUAUUCUCUCUGAUGGAGGUCAUUACAAGUGCAGAGCUGGAAGAGGAAACCCAGUCUACUACACAGUCUACAGUGAUGUACUCUGGGUAAAUGUUAUUGAGAGUCCUAAAGCUGUGGUGACCAUAAAGCCUGACAAACAUGUGUUCAGAGGAGAGACUGUGACUCUCAGGUGUGAAAUACAGGGAGGAGGAGACACUGAGUGGAUAUACAGCUGGUAUAAAGAUGACCAAAUCUACCAAGACCACAAACCCCAGGAGUUCAGCCUCAGCUCAGUUGUAAAUGAACACAGUGGUAAAUACACCUGCAGAGGGAGGAGACGCAGUGACUAUCAGAACUCAGAGAUCAGUGAUGCUGUUACUCUCACUGUAUCAGAUGUAGCAGAGACAGUAAUGACUGUGUCUCCACUGACCUGGCUGACUGAAGGAGAUUCAGUGACUCUAAGCUGUGAGGUUAAACACUCCUCUACAGGCUGGACAUUCAGCUGGUACAAAGAUGUUCUCUACACAGAAAGUCAGGGUUCCCUCAGGUCCAGAACAUCGCUCCUCUCAGACAGCAGCAGAGGAUCUGGAGGCUCCUACACUCUCAGUCCUGUUACUCUGAAUCACACAGGAGUUUAUAUGUGCAGAGCAAAGAGAGGAGUCUUUCAGACACAGUACAGCAAAACACAGCCACUGUGGAUCACUGGUGAAUCUUCUCCAGUGUCUCUGAUCAUCAGACCGAACAGAACUCAACACUUUUUUGCUGACUCUCUCUCACUGAGCUGUGAGGACCAGAGUGACACUACUGGAUGGACAGUGAGACGAUACAGUUACACUGAGGCAUUCGUCGAUUGUUCAUCAGUAUCAGGAUCUACAUGUAACAUCACCUUCCUCUAUAAAUCACACACUGGUGUUUAUUGGUGUCAGUCUAAAUCUGGAGGAUGCAGUAAUUCUGUCAACAUCACAGUGCGCUAUGGUGAUGUGAUCCUGGACAGUCCUGUACAUCCUGUGACUGAGGGACAUGAUCUGACUUUACGCUGUUUAUUUCACAACAAAAAGAUCCCAGGCUCUGGUGUUGAUUUCUAUAAAGAUGAUUCUAUCCUUCACUCCCAGACUACAGGAGAGAUGACCAUCAGUAGUGUCUCAAAGUCUGAUGAAGGUUUCUACCACUGUAAACACCAGGAGAGAGGAGAGUCACUGAAAAGCUGGGUUUCAGUCAGGUUGCAAAAUCCUGGACCCAACAUUGUACCAGUAGCUGUAGCUGUGGGACUGACUUUAACCUUGUUGUUCAUCAUCCUUUUACUGAUCCUGCUCUGGAAGCACAAAUCCAACAAAGGAAAGGACAGAGGCAUACAGCAGAACAGCAAUCAGACACCAGUCCUAAGUCCGUCAGGAGCUGAGAAUUCUCAGUCAGGAAACUCACCACUUCAGACCGAAGGUGACAACAUUUAUGCCACCGUAGACAAUGCAGAUCAUGAUGCUGGACCCAGUGAUGUAACUUAUGCUGAGCUUGAACUGAAGACACAGAAAAAAGCAAAGAAAAAACAAGUGAAAGCCAAAGUCGAACCUGACACUCUUUACUCAGAGCUGAAGCAGGACACAUAGGUGCUGGAAAUAUGUGGAAGAAGUGAAGAGAUGAGAUCGAGAGCACACCUUGUUCAUCAUGUGUGCAUUCACAAUAAUAUCAGAGUGAGAUUUUUUUUUAUACAGCUAAUCCCUGAGUUAUGAAGGGGAAGACUCCAUCGUAAAUAGAAAAUAUCGCAAGUUGAACCAUGACCUAACAUUUGUUCAACUUAAAGAAGUCUUAAAGAGUGGUGAUCAGUAUGGGUGUAGUAUACUGUAAAUUGGUAAUAAUUUAACACUUUACAGUACAUUUGGCUAAUGCAAUCUAAUACAAAGCUUGUUCUGUAAAUAAUCCUAUGUGCUAUAAAAACCUUUAACAAUGGUGGUAACCCUAAAAUAAACAAACAAACAUGCAUUGAAGUAUCAUAUCACACCAAAUUGUAGUCACCAAGAUUCUGACUGACGUUUGAAUACUCGAACAACUUUAGGUUGUUGAUGGCCACAUUAACUUAGUUGCCUGAAGAUUGAACUUAUUUGGUUUAAAUAAACCAAAUAACCAAGUAGCUGCACGUAUCCGAUUCAAAACACUGAUGCUGGCCUACAAAGCCAAAAAUGGACCAGCUCCCUCUUACCUCAAAGCCCUCAUCAUUCCUCGCACUGCACCCCG